AGGGGGGUGUUGACAGGAGAAAGAGGGAAAGGUGGAGGGAGGCUGAAUUGGACUGCUCCCGUUCAUUUGCUCCGCAGACCCUUCAGCAGGGUGAGCACAGCGGAGGCCCGAGGAGAGGACCGGGGGGGCGGGAGAAAGCGGGUCACAGUGGACCGGGUCACACGGGCAACCCUUUUGGACUGGGAUGCAGCGGGACACCGGGCGGGGAGGGGGCCCGCAUGAUUCCUCGCAGUCCGCAGGCUGUAAUGAUGGUGGUGAUGUACGGAGAGCUGAGCGGCGGAAUCCUGCAGAGCCCGACACACUGCACCACAAACCCGCAACCGAGCGUGAGACACUGCUGCAGGGAUAGACGCCUCUGCUUGUCACCAUCAAAUCCUCACCACCAGAAAACCGGAUUUCCUGACCGAUGCUUGAGCCAAACACCCGGUAAACAGACCUUGCAGCUCCAUUCAUACUCCACCCCGUCUGCGGAAUGAGACAGGGGUUUGCAGUGGACGGACAGAUCAGCUUUGAACCGAGCCUGCUUUUUAUUGCACCGGUUUCGAAGUGCACGCACCGCUGCUUUUGAGCCGUGCAACAGACAAGAAAGGCCAAGAUGUUGGUGCGAUGCUACCGGGCCAAGCUGUCGGUGUGGGCCGCUCUCUGCGUGCUGGUGCUCUGCUGGUUUUACAUUUUCCCCGUGUACAGACUCCCUCGAGAUAAAGAAAUAGUGGAGGAGGUGCUGAGGCAGGGGGACGCAUGGCAGAAGAACCAGACGGGCAUCGAUUUGUACAGGAAAUUGUUGACAGAGUGCUGCGAUCCACGGAAGAUGUUCGCGGUAACCAAGGAGAACUCACCAAUGGGCAAAGUCCUGUGGUACGAUGGAGAGUUUUACCACUCGCACACCGUCAACAACGAGACCUACCCACUCUUUGUGCAGGACAACCCUCUGCAGCUGCCUCUGAAAAAAUGUGCGGUGGUGGGCAACGGUGGCAUUCUCAGAAACAGCAAAUGUGGACGGCACAUUGACCAAGCCGACUUCAUCAUGAGGUGUAACCUUCCACCGCUCUCAAAGGAAUAUGUGGAGGAUGUUGGAACCAGAACUCAUCUGGUUACGGCCAACCCCAGCAUCAUAGAGAAAAGAUUUCAGAACCUUCUGUGGUCGAGAAAAGCCUUUGUGGACAGUAUGAAGGUCUACGGCUCCAGCUACAUCUACAUGCCAGCGUUCUCCAUGAAGCCUGGCACCGACCCAUCUCUGCGGGCGUAUUACGCCCUGGCAGACACUUCCUCCAACCUCACCGUGCUGUUUGCCAACCCCGAAUUCCUGCGCACGUUGGGCAAAUUCUGGAAAGCCCGCAGUGUACACGCCAAGCGCCUCUCCACCGGGCUCUUUCUGGUCAGCCUGGCCCUGGGGCUGUGCGAGGAAGUGACUGCCUACGGCUUCUGGCCAUUCUCCGUCGGCCUGGAUGAGCAGCCGGUCAGCCACCAUUACUACGACAACAUUCUGCCCUAUAAAUGGUUCCACGCCAUGCCUGAGGAGUUUGUCCAGCUUUGGCACCUGCACAAAAGCGGCACGCUGCGCAUGAGGGUGGGACACUGCCCCCCUCAGGAAGGAGGGAGUUAAAGGGCUUUGAGGAGUUAAAGCGGUCAGUUGAAGUUCAGUGGGUUACGGGAAGCAGAUGAAGAUCUUUGGGUUAUUAAUAGGCAGGAAGUUGGCGUCCUGGCAUAGAUGGGUGCACGUAUUUCCUCUGAGGAACCCCGGCACUGCAUCUGUGUCCAUACACACUCCUGCUAAUCCCUAAUUAACAUGAGAAUGUCCUCCACUUGGACCAGAUGCAUCAGGGACAGAGUAUUUAUUGACACAUGCAGACACACACAAACACACAAACACACACAUACACACACACAAUGUAAAAUAAUCAUACAUUCCCAAAACCUGCCAUAUCUCUACCCCACGUUUCUGAAAUUGUUUGUGAGCAUGGAUGUGUGUGUUUUUAUAGAAAGCCUCAGCUGGGACUAAUAAAUGUGAAAAUGUGUGGGGUUAGAUGGGUGGGGGAUGGGUUUUUUUGUGUGCUGACUACUGUAUCUGACUGGCAUAUGGGGCAGCUGGACCAAACCCCCCUCUGGGUCUUUGUUAAACAGAGACAGAAGGAGUGGAGGACCGGGGGGAAUAAUAAAAUGCACUGAAAUGCGAGGAACAAGGGAGAGAUAAUGGUGUCCUGGUACCUAGUAACUUGAAUAGGACUGAAAUUUAAUGGAGGCAAAAAAAAAGAGUGGUGGGGGGGAGAAAAGGAGGGAAAGCUGGCUGGUGUGUGUAUGAAAGGUUUUUUCUCUGCUUUUCUUCAACCAAGCGCUUGAUUGGCAUUCUCUGGUGCCAAAUAGAGCUUUAGUUCAAAGCGGGAGCCAUUAGAAAUGGAGACUUACGUACUAUAUUCCCUAGAAUGUUUAGCCAAGUUGCAUUUUAACCCUUCACUGAAAAGGGAAAAUGAAAACAUCCUGGUGUACACAUAUUGAUUUUGUUUGCCAAAUGUGAUUUUCAGGAUUAAUGUGAAUUUUUUUUUUGAUGAGAAGAGAAGGGAGGGAGCAUUAUCAACAUGUAUAAUCUGAAAAAAAAAUCGCACAUAGGUACCUCACCUUUCGUUUGCCAUCAACACUGACUGACUGUUUGGUACGAUUCAAUCAAAAGCAGGCUGCUUACAUUAAAAAAAAAAAAAAAACAGCCUGUCCUUCUUCUUUAGAGGGACUGCUGGACGUCCUCUCUUGGUAACCGUACGAUACUUGCCAAGUGCCAAGCCAAGGGAACAGUGGUCUCUUUGAUACAUGUUCUCGCACUGUCCUUGUGCUCUCAAAAGGAGAGACACUGAUAUAAAGAGAGCUAGUGACAGAAACAGACUUGAGGACUCAUACUGGUAGUUUUUUCUUUAGAUUCUAGACCUUAUAUUUCUUUUGUUCACAAGGGAAAAAUAACUUGCUCAUGUCUCAAAAGUCACCAUGACAGAUGUUUUUUUUUUGGUACUUGCAGGCCUUGCAGAUAAAAAACUUUAUUUAAUUUUUUUUUUGUUGUUAAAAAGAAAGUAAAGUAAAGUAAUUUAAGACUGGAUAAAUGUGACGAUGUCAUGUCGUUAGUACUGCAAAAAGGAUGACUGCAUGGAAAGUGCAUGGUGGUGUAACACAGUCCUUCAAAAUACUCCUGAGAUUCAAGGUGAACAACAUGUCAAUAGGUUAGUGCUUUACGCUUUCAUCCGCUCCUUGUCUGUUAAACUGAAUAAGGUCCAGUGCCUUUGAGAUGUAUUGAGGCAAAAAGCAUCAUUCAAACGAGGGACAUUUCUAAUGCUGUCAGUGCUCCUAAAUGUGUUUGAUUUUCCUGGCAAUGCUUGGCUGUGGGGAUCAAUCGGACAAUAUGUGAAAUAUUAAUGACCCCUGACUUCAUGUAAAAUUAAUUUAAAGUGAGCUACAUACAGCUGGACCAAGUUAAGUCCAAAAUGAGGAUGUGGCUCCUCAAGACUGGGAACUGAACUUGAUGAACUCUUAGACCAAUUUGUUUUACUUAUUGUGACAAUUUCUUAUUUGCACCUUUAUUUUUUUCUCCUGUCCAGUACUGUGAACGAAUGAGUUGUGAUAUAGUGUGGAAUUUUAAGUAAGCAUGACGAUUUUUAAAUGUUUAUGUGCUUUUGGUACACAGAUUUUUUAUCUAUUUCCGUUAUGUUUGGAUUCAUGCCCUCAUUCCAUCCUAUCCGAUCGAUAGACGAACCACCACAAAGCUGAGAUUUCUUAUCGACAGGGAGAUGAGUCUGUGAUGUAAACAUUAGUCUGUUAGCAUAAUGACCAAUUAGUUUUAGAUUGCCGACUAUUCUUUAAAAGUAAAGUUUUUAAAAAGCUAUUUCACUGAGCUCAGCAAGUCUAAAUAAACUUCAGCUGUUGCAGACAGAAAACAUCCGAGACUUUGCCACUGUGCAGCUCUUCCUGCUUCCACCUACACAGCUUACAUUCACAUAUCAUGUGCAACUUGUGGGCUUAAAACACAAGAGUCUUGACCAGCGACAUUGUGCAUUUUUAGCAGUUUCUGUUAUUGACGUAGCCUGGAAGAACAUGCAAAAGCAGUAUCAUCACUAUCAGCAGCAAGGGCAGCAAAUCAUGAACUAUUUUUUUACAUUCCAAUCACGGGUUUCAUAUCAAGCCACUGAACAAGCCAAGGUGUACUCUACAUUUUCAUGACUAUGCUGCUGUUUGUCAGUGUCACAUUUUAGAAAACGUAAAGGAAUAUUUUGAUAUUUUGGGAAAGACAUUUAAGAAAAUCAAUACUGUUCUCAAAUUUAUACGUUAAAUUUCUCAUCUAACUCUGGGCAGAAAAGCGAAUAAAUGUAUUUUCCCAAAAUGUCGAAUUACUCAUUUAAAGCUGUCAGCAUUAACAGAAGGUGGAAAAGGACAGAACGAAAUAGAGCACAGCAGGCACACAAUGGCAUUAUUGUCGUCCAUUUCCACUUGUGUCUUGGGCUAACUGGUUACAUUCAUCACACUACAGCAUGUGUGGCUGGAGGGUGGCCAGUUGGUUAGAGCCUGGUCAUGGAAAGGUCACAUGUUUGAUCCCCAGUUGCAGCCAUAUGAUCAGGCGCACUGUCCCUGAGCAAGACACGCUACAUUCCUACAUGAUUACAAUGUGAAACCUGCCACUCUGUGUCAGACUAUUAGUUCUGCUGCUGUAUCCCACCUCAUGAUGAUAAUGUCUUCUACUGCUUGGUUAUAGUUGUUCAUGCUGAUGUCUUAACAGAGGAGAGAGAAUCUCAGAUGCUUAGAUGGUGGAUGUUUUUCUGUUGUAUCUUCACCAACACAGUGUGAGGACAUGUUGUAUCACAAGUGACAUUGCAAAUAUAUAUAUUUGCAAUAUAUAAUAUAAUGUAAAGUGGGUCAAAUAGUAAAUGCAAAUAUGUUUUGGCUUUUGUUAUACUUUGAUGAAACUACUGAGUGUUAAGGCGGGGAGAAACAAGUUAAAGCCUCUGUGUGUAUGAGUUUUAUGCUAGUAUGUCAUGUUUCAAAUUACUCUGAUGGCAUUAGCUUAUGUAUAAAUAAAUCAUUAAAGAUUAAGUAUAUUUCAUGCUAAACUAUAAUGUCUGACUGGUUGUGAGGAUGCAGUAAAUUAGGUUAAAACAAGUCCAAAUAAUCAUUUGUAAAGACUGUUUGACCCAUUUUUGAUCAGUAUCAGUCCACAGAGUUCAACUUUAUUACAUAUUUAAAUAUUUGAUGUUAUGCCAAGCUUGGUUAAUUUAAAACAACAGUUGUAAAUGUGCUUUAUUUGCCUUGACUUGACUGAAUUUGUAACAAAAAGAUGAAGAAAAGAACUUGUUGACGGCAUUGCUAUUUGUGCCAACCCACAUGUCACCUCCUCUGUUCAUUCAAAUCACCUGAUUUGAACAGCCCUGCCUGAGCAUGUUCAAAAUAAAUGAGAAAUGCUGUUCAAAAUGGACUAAACCAAACGUAUGUGACACCUGGGUUAAACUAAAGGAUGAAGAAGGAAAAAAAAAACUCAUGAAAACAACCAUAUUCAUAUGCAAGGCGAGCACUG